GGCACCAAACUCAGGAACUGAACUAUAAACCCAAACUUUGUGUUGCACAUUCCUGAUGAUGUUUCCACUGAAUCUGAGGGGCUGAGAUUACAAGUUGGACAGAAAAUCGAUCAAAAAUGUGGAGUCUGAGUGGAUGUAAUGAAGAAUGAGAAAUGUCGAGGUGGAGAACAAAAACUCGACGGUAUCGAAGCUCCAAAGUGGAAGCUCUUUUCUGUUUUAGAACAAAGAUGUGAUGAUGUUUCAGUCAGAUGAAUUCAUGUCCUCAUGUUGACUCCAGUUCCACCCAGUGAUGUUAACUGUGUGAAUGAUGGAGAAGUUGUUGCAGCUACAAGCUUCAUGAUGACCAUCACUGAGCUUCAGACUUUUCCACCACAGGAACUGAAGGCGGUUCUGCUUUGGUUUCCACUGUUCUCUCCUCACGUUGGGGGCGACUUCCUGCAGCUAAAUGUCAGCUCAGCUCAGGAUGUGAUACUGAAUCCAAGUUCAUGUACUCUGAGGGGGAACUGAAUCCAACAGCCACAACACAGAAAACACAGCAGGACGUCCACCAGCAGGACAGCAGCAGAAAUCUUGUAACGUGUGAUGGAGACGUUGUUGUCAUGAAUGUUGGAGCUCUGACAGCAUGUUGUUGUGUUUGUGUGAAGGUGUGGGCUCUGCUAUGAAUCAGUGUGAGGAGACAGAGGAGGGAGUCCCUCCCUCUGAAACCACUCUGUGUGGGGAACCUGACAGCCAGACCAGACCUCACAGCCCCGAGCAGCAGCAGAGACCAGACUGUCCUGAACCUGAACCCAGCUGUGUGUCCAUGAAGAGUGACAGGUCCAUGCAUCAACCAUUAGAUUUUAAAGGACGACUUCCUUCAGAGACUCAUGUGGACCAGCAGACAGCAGACUCUCCUGUACCCAGCUGUGUGUCCAUGAAGAGUGACUGGUCCAUGCUUCAACCUCUUGACUUUAGAGGUGGACACGACUCUGCUGAAGGAAGAGUUCAGCAGCAACAGUCAGAUGUUCUCGGUGGUCAGUCUGUCCAGCAGAAUCCAGCAGACCUGGACUCCAUAUUCAUGCAUCUUGAGGAGAACGUUGUCACUUUUGUGAAGAACGAGCUGAAGAAGUUCCAGAAGGUUCUGAGUCCAGAUUACCCAGAAAGCUUAGAGAGGCAGAGUGAGGAUGAGGAGGUGUUGGAUGGUGAGGAUGAAGAGCAGAGGAGCAGCAGCAGAGACGCAUUUCUGAAGAUCACACUGCACUUCCUGAGGAGAAUGAAGCAGGGGGAGCUGGCUGACCGUCUGCACAGCAUUUGUCGACGUCAGCUCCAAUCUGAGCUGAAGAAGAAGUGUGAGUGUGUGUUUGAGGGGAUUGCUAAAGCAGGAAACCCGACCCUCCUGAAUCAGAUCUACACAGAGCUCUACAUCACAGAGGGAGGGACUGCAGAGGUCAAUGAAGAACAUGAGGUCAGACAGAUUGAAACAGCAUCCAGGAAAACCAGAAGACCAGAAACAACAAUCAGACAAGAAGACAUCUUCAAAGCCUCACCUGGAAGAGAUGGACCAAUCAGAACAGUGAUGACAAAGGGAGUGGCUGGCAUUGGGAAAACAGUCUUAACACAGAAGUUCACUCUGGACUGGGCUGAAGACGAAGCCAACCAGGACGUCCACUUCACAUUUCCAUUCACUUUCAGAGAGCUGAAUGUGCUGAGAGAGAAAAAGUUCAGCUUGGUGGAACUUGUUCAUGACUUCUUCACUGACACCAAAGAAGCAGGAAUCUGCAGGUUUGAAGAGUUCCAGGUUGUGUUCAUCUUUGACGGUCUGGAUGAGUGUCGACUUCCUCUGGACUUCCACAACAAUGAGAUCCUGACUGAUGUCACAGAGUCCACCUCAGUGGAUGUGCUGCUGACAAACCUCAUCAGGGGGAAUCUGCUUCCCUCUGCUCGCCUCUGGAUAACCACACGACCUGCAGCAGCCAAUCAGAUCCCUCCUGAGUGUGUUGACCUGGUGACAGAGGUCAGAGGGUUCACUGACCCACAGAAGGAGGAGUACUUCAGGAAGAGAUCCAGAGAUGAGGAGCAGGCCAGCAGAAUCAUCUCCCACAUCAAGACAUCACGAAGCCUCCACAUCAUGUGCCACAUCCCAGUCUUCUGCUGGAUCACUGCUACUGUUCUGGAGGAUAAGUUGAAGACCAGAGAGGGAGGAGAGCUGCCCAAGACCCUGACUGAGAUGUACAUCCACUUCCUGGUGGUUCAAUCCAAAGUGAAGGACAUCAAGUAUGAUGGAGGAGAUGGGACAGAUCCACAGUGGAGUCCAGACAGCAGGAAGAUGAUUGAGUCUCUGGGAAAACUGGCUUUUGAGCAGCUGCAGAAAGGAAACCUGAUCUUCUAUGAAUCAGACCUGACAGACUGUGGCAUCGAUAUCACAGCAGCCUCAGUGUACUCAGGAGUGUUCACCCAGAUCUUUAAAGAGGAGAGAGGACUGUACCAGGACAAGGUGUUCUGCUUCAUCCAUCUGAGCGUUCAGGAGUUUCUGGCUGCUCUUCAUGUCCACCAGACAUUCAACAACUCUGGUGUCAAUCUGAUGUCAGAAAAACCGUCAACCUCCUGUUGGUCUCCACUAAUCAGAAACAAACAGGAACAAACUCAUCUGUACCAGAGUGCUGUGGAUGAGGCUUUGCAGAGUCCAAAUGGACACCUGGACUUGUUCCUCCGCUUCCUCCUGGGUCUUUCACUUCAGACCAAUCAGACUCUCCUACGAGGUCUGAUCAAACACACAGGAAGUGUCUCACAGAACAAACAGGAAACAGUCAGGUACAUCAAGAAGAGGAUCAGUGAGAAUCUGUCUGCAGAGAGGAGCAUCAAUCUGUUCCACUGUCUGAAUGAACUGAAUGAUGGUUCUCUGGUGGAGGAGAUCCAACAGUCCCUGAGGUCAGGAAGUCUCUCCACAGAUGAACUGUCUCCUGCUCAGUGGUCAGCUCUGGUCUUCAUCUUACUGUCAUCAGAAGAAGAUCUGGACGUGUUUGACCUGAAGAAAUACUCUGCUUCAGAUGAGGCUCUUCUGAGGCUGCUGCCAGUGGUCAAAGCCUCCAACAAAGCUCUACUGAGUGGCUGUAAUCUGUCAGGGAGAAGCUGUGGAGCUCUGUCCUCAGUUCUCAGCUCCCAGUCCUCUAGUCUGAGAGAGCUGGACCUGAGUAACAACGACCUGCAGGAUUCAGGAGUGAGGCUGCUGUCUGCUGGACUGAAGAGUCCAAACUGUCAGCUAGAGACUCUCAGGUUGUCAGGCUGUAUGAUCACACAGAGAGGCUGUACUUCUCUGGUCUCAGCUCUGAGAUCCAACCCCUCCCAUCUGAGAGAGCUGGACCUGAGCUACAAUCAUCCAAGAGACUCAGGAGUGAAGCUGCUGUCUGCUGGACUGGAGGAUCCACACUGGAGACUGGACACUCUCAGGGUGGAACAUGGUGGACAGCAGAGGCUGAAACCUGGUCUGAGGAAGUAUGCCUGUGAACUCACAGUGGACACAAACACAGUAAACACAAACCUCAAACUGUCUGACAACAACAGGAAGGUGACAGCAGUGAGAGAGAAGCAGCCUCAUCCUGAUCAUCCAGAGAGGUUUGACCGCAAGCCUCAGCUGCUGUGUAGAACUGGUCUGACUGGUCGCUGCUACUGGGAGGUCGAGUGGAGUGGAAGAGUUGAGAUAUCAGUGACUUACAGAGGAAUCAGAAGGAAAGGAAACCGUAAUGACUGUGUCUUUGGAGGGAAUAUUCAGUCCUGGAGUCUGAGGUGCUCUGAUGUUGAUGGUUUCUCUGUCUGGCACAAUAAAAGAAGAACAGUCCUCCCCUCCUCCUCUGUCUCUGACAGAGUUGCAGUGUAUGUGGACUGUCCUGCUGGCACUCUGUCCUUCUACAGAGUCUCCUCUGACACACUGAUCCACCUCCACACCUUCAACACCACAUUCACUGAACCUCUUUAUGCUGGAUUUGGGUUGUGGUCAUUCGGUUCCUCAGUGUCUCUGAGUUCAGUGUAGGAGGGAGAGUCUCCUCCUGUUAGAGGAACACACACACACACACACAGUUUGAAUUAACUUGAAAUCCUUUUAAAUCUGUUUUUAUCCAGCUUUUUUAACAAAGAGUUAAGAGUUCAACACACAGCUGCCAGUGUGAGGCUGUAGAGAAGGCCUGUUACAGUUCUUGGUUGUGGGUGGGGUUUCUAUCCAGCUUUCACAAAGGAGAUCUUCAUUACUGGCUUUUGCUGGAGCAGAUGGCAGUUGGUACGCUCUCAGCAACUGCCCUGAGCACCUGAUUGUGAUGCCAGUGGUAGUGGCCUUUCUCAAGAACCUUUGCCGUGACUCAGCCACCUCAACUGCUUCUGCCCUUCAUUUCUGCCCUGUCCUCACCUCAGUGCCUGCUGAUGACACCUUCUGGUCAUUGGAGUCCCUGUACUGUAGGGCUUCUCUUGUGUGCACAACCAUAUACUCUUCAGUGGGGCCACUGAAUGUGAGUGGGAGGAUGUUACUGGGCCUCUGUAUUCCAUGUCUACCACAGGCACUGGACAGGUCCAACCACAGCACAACCAGGUCACUUCAUUUGUCACAGGCUUCUCUGAUGAGCUGUGUGACUACCCCAGUGUGCUCCACUGAAUUUCCCUCGGAAUUCAUGAAGUAUCUAUCUAUCAUCUAUCUCUAUCCAAACAGCCGGGAACUCCAGGAAUUUCAUCACUCUAAACCAACACAUCACUUACGAGCUACCAGUAGUUCGCCGCCCCUUUCCAAGGAGCUCGCCAAAGGACCAAUGAAUCAUACAUAAAUUUGAAAACUUAACUGACAUUUCGCAAAAGCCCCGUCCCCCUUAGUUACUGUUGCUAGCCUGUCAAGCUUCUUGAUGCAGAUGAAGAGUCAACACAGUCUCAUGGACUGACUUUUCUCUUCUUGAGGAUGACAGAUUCUGGAUACCUACUGUCCAACUUCACCAUUUUUCUUUUGAGCAGCUGCAGAAAGGAAACCUGAUCUUCUAUGAAUCAGACCUGACAGACUGUGGCAUCGAUAUCAGAGCAGCCUCAGUGUACUCAGGAGUGUUCACCCGUUACUAUGUCAAUCGGACCUUGUUGACAUAGUAACGGUUGCUAGGAUGUAUGAUUGGACAAUGACUGUUUAGCAAAAGGUCAACUGGUCCCUCGGCAAAUCUACUUAAAUUUAUGUCCAAUCAAAACUCACAUUUGUCCCACACCCUUCCAACACCAAAAGAUUAUUUGCCAAUUAGCUGUCAACCAAAACGUUGUUCUGCUGUCAAUCUUGAUGAGUCAGUGGUGAUGUGAGAUGAGCAGGAGUUUAUGAUGGCGACAGGCGUACAAACCAACAAUCGGAUUAAAACCUACCAUUUUCACCAAGAGUGGGAGACAGAAUUUUGUUUUACAAACGAUAAUGACAAGUGUGUGCGUUUGAUCUGCGGUGCCAGCGUGUCGGUUGGUAAAAGGUGUAAUGUGGAGCGCCAUUUCACCAAAGUCCACUGCAACUUUUCACGGGACAUUCCUGCUAGUAGCAAUCUACAAAAAGACAAGAUAACAGAGCUGAAGACAACACAACGGCAACAGUCUCUGUUUACCAAAUCGGCGAAGAAGGCCAAAUCAGCAACAGAGGCUUUGUUUAAAGUGGCGCACAUUUUAACAAAGCACAAAAAGCCUUUCAUCAAUGGUGGAGUCUUUUUCUUUUCUGUACUGUGUACAGCUGCAGGUACUUGUUUCCUGUGUAUUUAUUCUUUUUUAAUGCACAUCCUUCCCCUGUUCUUGCAGGCUUUGCACCCUCUAUAUCCUGUUUGCUGCUGUAACACUGUAAUUUCCCAGUUAUGGGAGUAAUAAAGGAUUAUCCCCCAACAUACACACACACACACACACACACACACCCCUUCACUGCUCAGUAUUGAACUGAACUGAAUGAUUUUAUUGUGAAUGCAAUUUUUGUUCUUUAUGUGUAUUUCACCAUUUAUAAUAUACUGAUAUAUUGAUGAUUUAAAAGGAAAAGGUUGUGUAAAAUCUUUGAUUCUUGGUUUGUAACUGAUCCAUAAUAACAUUUCAUUUUCAGAUGUCUUGGUGCAUGUAAAUAGUUUUGUGUGAUAAAAUGACAUGGA